GGUGCCGGGUGGACGGACGGAUGGAGGUACGGGAGCCGCUGCUGAAACGACCCGUCUGAGUCGCCCGGUCCUGAACUUUUGAGAACUCCGAGAACACCGCUGGCGUCGAACUGAAUGUUUUUUUUUUCUUUUGAUUUUUUUUUGUCGGAAGCAGGAGAGUUUUCGGCUCCCGUCCCCUGCCGCGAUGUUUCUCCGUAGACUGGUGUGGUGCCUCUGCGUGGCCGCCGCUGCCCGCGCGCAGCCCGACAGCUCGGGCUUGUCCUACGCGCUGAGGUCGGAGCUGUCGGAGGACGCGAUUUUGGUGGCCAACAACGGCAUACGGGCGCCGCUCGGCAGGUCCGUGUUCGUCGACCCCGCCAAUGACAUGGUGAUCCAGACGCAGCCGGGGGACCGGUGCAGCAUCACCGUCCUGGACAACGACCCGUUGGCCCAGAGGCCCGGGCGACUCUCUCCCAAAAAGUUUGCCUGCGAUUUUGGCCCCAGCGACGUGACGUACUCGCACUUCGGCUCCCGGAGUCCCGCCAGGGACCGGGUGAGGCUGCAGCUCAGGUACGACGCGCAAACCGAGACCGUUAUCAUCCCCUUCAUGAUGGAGGUGGAGGUGGUUUUCACGCAGCUCGAGUUGCUCACCAGGAACGUGCCCCUCGCCGUUGAUCGCCUCAACGGGGUCAGCAACCCCGUUGACAAGAGGAUAGUGGAGUUCACGUACGACCGAGACUCCUACACAUGCGAGGUGACGUCUCUGGCCGGCGGCGGCGCGCUCCCGCGGUACGGCAGACUCGUCGACGACGGCAAACUUGACCAAAUGAUGGACUGCAACGAAUUCACCCAAGCCGACAUCCGCUACGAGCACACUUUCAAGCGCAAGUCCCCAAAUAGGGACUACGUCCCCAUGGUGGUGGAACUGCAUGAUAAGGAGGGCAACCUUGCAAAACAGGAGUAUUUUCAUCUUAUGGUCCGCAUUAAAGAGGGCGAAGAGAACACCCCUCCCAAACCCAGCUUUGUGUCCAUGAUGAUGAUGGAGAUAAGCCAGUUUGUCAUGACGGCUCUCACUCCUGAGAUGCUUGCUGCUGAGGACGCAGAGUCAGAUCCAGAUGAGAUUAUAUUCAACAUCACCUCUCCCUUGUCUUAUGAGGAGGGCUACAUAGUUAGUACUGAUGACAGGAACCUGCCCAUCACAUCCUUCUAUCAGAGAGACUUGAGGGAUUUUAAAAUAGCCUAUAAACCUCCUUCUCUGGAUUCGGAUACUGAGAGAAUCUUCCAACUUGAGUUUGAGGUGGUGGACACAGACGGCGCUGUCUCUGACCCCUUUGCAUUCAUGAUUGUUGUGAAGCCGAUGAACACUCUGGCGCCAGUUGUGACCCGCAACACGGGUCAGCUACUGUACGAAGGGCAGUCCCGCCCUCUCUUCACCGCCCACAACCUGGAGAUCAGCGAUGAAGACAACCUGGACAACGUCAAACUGACAGUUGUGGAAGGGCUGCGCCAUGGUGACCUGACGGUGCUGGGAUCGCACCGGAAAUUCUUCACGCCCGCCGACCUCGCCUCGGGGGUUGUUGUGUACCAGCAUGACGGAAGUGACACAUACAGUGACAACAUUAUUUUCAAGAUGACAGACGGAAAGAACGAGGUAGAAUUCCUUUUCCCCAUUACCAUCGUCCCCACGGACGACGAGCCACCUAUCAUUAAUGCAAACACCGGCCUGGUGCUAUUCAAAAACCAGAUGAUGCCCAUCUCUCCCCUCAUGCUUAGUGCAGCCGAUAUUGACUCAGAGGAUUCAACUAUUAAAUUUAAUAUCGUCCCACCAUUUUCUACAAUUGGCGUGGUGCUUCUGAGGCAGUCGGAUGCCCCGGAGGACCCCUCGUCUUGGAAGUUCAAUGCCGAGGAUGAGGUUUAUGAGAAGGAGGUGACAGAGUGGCUGCAGAAAGACAUUACUGAUGGAAAACUGUUUUACAGGCACACAGGCCCUCACAACACAGACACGGUCAUGGAUCAGUUUGUGUUCACUGUCCAGGAUGACAAUGAUCCCCCUAAUGAGUCAGGUGAGAGUGUGUUUAUUAUUAGGGUUUUGCCGAUUGAUGACGUUCCUCCCGAGCUUUUCCCCGGCACCACCUUGCAGAUGACGGUUCACGAAUACCAGCAAACGCACUUUAGCAAAGAAGUUCUCUGCUAUACGGAUUUGGACUCCCAAGACAGAGAUCUGAAAUACACAGUCAUCCAGCUGCCGACCGACACAGACGAAAACAACCCAGUCACUUUUGGGUCUCUGGUUCUGACAGAGAGCCCCGACUCGGAGGUUACUGAGUUCACCCAAGCCCAAAUCAAUCAUCACAAGAUCUCAUAUAGCCCCCCUGACGUAGAGCUGGGAAUCACUGCCCACGUGGUUCAGUUUCGCUAUUCUGUAGAAGACACUGCUGGGAACAGUGUGGAGGGGGCAUUCACUAUUUACCUCCAGCCAGUUAACAAUAAACCCCCUCAGAUUACCAACACUGGCUUUACUGUGUUUGAGCGUGCCAUACACAUCAUCUCCGUUGCCGAGCUAGAUGUCACGGACCCUGACACAGACAGUAAACAGAUUACAUUUACUCUCAGUCAGGGCCCUAAACACGGCCAGACCCAGCUGUCAUUCACUGACCUUCAGAAAGGAGACGCCUUCAAAUUGGAUGACAUAUCAGGGGGAAAGAUAUCAUAUAUUCAAAAUGGCGAUGAGACAGUGAGUGACGAAUUCCACUUGGAUGUCAGUGAUGGCAUCCACCAAGUAACAGUGACGGUUAGAGUCAUAGUGAAGGCGGUGGACGAUGAGACCCCGACUGUCAGCCUUCCUGUGGGGACAAUUGGGUCCCGAAUGGAUGUGCUCGAAAAUGGGGCCACAGAAAUCACAACCAAUGUUAUUCAAGGCCAUGACGAGGACACAGAUGACCUCCAGUUGACCUUCAUUGUUGAAGAUGCCCCUGUUUUGGGAGAGAUCUUAGUUAAAGGAGUUCCAGCAACUAGGUUUACGCAGGCUGACAUAAUCAAUGGUGUGGUGGUGUAUGCGCACACUGGCGGAGAGAUAGGCCUCGCCUCCCAAGAAGAUGGCUUCAAUUUGACUCUCACUGACAUGUCCGAUGAAUGGACAGUAGGGGGCAAUAGGGUCAACGGAGUCAGCGUCAGAGUAGCCAUUCUGCCAGUUGACAGCCAGGCCCCUGAGGUUGGAGUGGGAAUUCAAUUUAGUGUCACUGAAGGGGAAAAAAAUGCCAUUGGGUCGCAACACCUGGAUGCUGAUGAUAAUGAUACCCCAACAGAUGAUAUCCUUUGCACUAUCAUUGUCCAACCCACCGCUGGCUAUGUGGAAAAUAUCUCUCCUGCCCCUGGUUCAGAAAAGUCUAGGUCAGGAACAGCUAUCAGUGCUUUUACCAUUGGAGACAUCAGGGAAGGAAAUAUCUACUAUGUGCAGAGCAUUCACAAAGGGGUAGAGCCGAUUGAGGACAGAUUGACGUUUAGAUGUUCUGAUGGUAUCAAUUUCUCUGAAAACAUGUUCUUCCCUAUCGUUAUCCUCCCCAUGAAUGAUGAGAAGCCAGAGAUCUACAUCAGAGAGAUAGUUGUCAUGGAGGGGAUGAAUAUUGUAAUUGACACUCCCAUUUUCAAUGGUGAUGAUGCUGACAUUCCACCUGAAGAGCUAGUUUUCAUCAUUUCCAAACCUCCCAAACAUGGAGCCAUUCUGAACCAGUUAUCCAGUGGCUCUGUUUUAGUGUCAAACUUCACCUUGGAGCAGAUUAAAGAGGCGUCAAGCAUCAUUUAUGAGCACGACGAUUCAGAGACAACAGAGGAUAGCUUUGAUGUCAUUCUCACCGAUGGAAAGUAUUCGGUGGAGAAAACUGCCAUAGUUAUGAUCAUCCCCGUCGAUGACGAGACGCCUAGAUUGAUGAUCAAUGAUGGUCUGGAAGUCGAUAUAGGGGAGACUAAAGAAUUAAACGAUAAAGUGCUCAAAGCAACAGAUUUAGAUUCAGAUGACAGCACGCUCACUUACAUCAUCAGGUUCGGACCAGGUCAGGGUCUCCUUCAGAGGAAAACCUCAUUUGGGUCUCUGGAGAACAUUACAUUAGGCAUGAACUUCACACAGGCCGAGGUGGAUGAUGGGGUGAUUAUUUACACACACAAUGGACAGGAGGGAAUCCGAGAUCUGGUCAAAUUUGAUGUCACUGAUGGCAUAAACCCACUAAUCGACCGCUACUUCUAUAUCUCCGUGGGCAGCAUGGACAUGGUUUUCCCAGAUGUUGUCAGUAAAGGGGUGUCCCUCAAAGAAGGUGGCAGAGUGACUUUAACCACGGACCUUCUCAGCACCAGUGACCUUAACAGCCCUGAUGAGAACCUGGUGUUCACCAUAACAAGGGCCCCUGUCAGAGGCCACUUGGAGUGUACAGAUACCCCGGGCAUGCCCAUUGUCUCCUUCACUCAGCUCCAACUUGCCGGCAGUAAAAUCUAUUACGUUCACACGUCUGACGAUGAGGUCAAAAUGGACAGUUUUGAAUUUGAGGUUACCGAUGGCUUCAAUCCUGUUUUCAGAACAUUCAGAGUCUCGAUUGUAGACGUGGACAACAAGAAACCUGUUUUGACCAUAAAUAGUCUUGUUGUCACAGAAGGGCAAAGUAAGUUAAUCACCCCGUUUGAGCUAACUGCUGAAGACCAGGACACUGCAGAGAAACUGCUGAAGUUCACCAUCACCCAGCUGCCGGUUCACGGCAAACUGCUCCAUAACCACUCCACACCAGUCACCAGCUUCACCAAACAAGACCUUAAUGAAAACCUCAUCAGCUACAAACAUGAUGGUACUGAAUCACCGGAAGACUCCUUCUCAUUUACUGUCACCGAUGGCACACACACUGACUUUUAUGUUUUCCCCGACACUGUUUUUGAGACCCGCCGCGCUCAAACGAUGAAGAUCAGCAUAGUGUCGAUUGACAACGGGGUCCCUCAGAUCGUGGUGAAUAAAGGCGCCCCCACAUUGAAGAUAUUGGCGACGGGUCACCUGGGGUACCCCAUCAGUUCAAAGGUGCUAAGGGCGGAGGACAGAGAUAGCAAACCGGCCUCCCUAGAGUUCCACAUCACCACCCAACCCAAACAUGGUUACAUCAUCAACCUGGGGCAAGGAAACGACUCCGUCAACACUUUCAGCCAAGCGGACAUCAAUGACCUGAACAUCUGCUACGUGCUGAGGAAGGAGGAGAACGCCACGUCCGACGCCUUCCAUUUCUCUGUUCGAGACAACGGCGGGAACAAGCUGAAGGGACAACAGUUCCGCCUCGACUGGGCCUGGAUCUCUCUGGAGAAAGAGUACUACGUGGUGGAUGAGGAGGACACGUUUCUGGAUGUGGUGCUGAGACGAAGAGGCUACCUGGGGGAGACGUCUUUCAUUGGUAUCGGCACUCAAGAUGGAAGUGCAGAGAAGGAGCAGGACUUCAGGGGCAAGUCCCAAAGGCAGGUCCAGUUCAACCCAGGACAGACCCGAGCCACAUGGCGCGUCUGGAUCCUGAUGGACGGGAAGUACGAGCAGUCCGAGACCUUCCAGAUCCUUCUGUCCGAGCCUGUCAUGGGAGCGCUGGAAUUCCCAGCCGCAGCCACUGUCGAGAUCCUGGACCCAAAUGAUGAGUCCACGGUGUUCAUCCCUCAUCAGAGCUACUCAGUGGAGGAGGACGUGGGAGAGCUGCUCAUCCCGGUCCACAGGAGUGGAGACAUCAGCCAGGAGCUCAUGGUGGUCUGCUACACGCAGCAGGGUUCGGCCACAGGGACGGUCCCCACCACAGUCCUGUCUUACUCGGACUACAUCUCUCGUCCAGAGGAGCACGGCAGCAUCCUUCGCUUUGAGAAGGGCGAGAAGGAGAAGCUGUGCCGUGUGGUGGUCAUCGAUGAUUCGCUCUACGAAGCCGAGGAGAACUUCAACGUCACACUGUCAAUGGCCAUUGGUGGGCGUCUGGGAGCCCACUACCCCACCGCGAAAGUUAGCAUCCUGACAGAUGCGGAUGAUGCUCCGGUGUUUUACUUCGGAGAGGCAGAGUACCACGUCGACGAGAGCGACGGCUACGUCGAGGUCAAGGUUUGGAGGACAGGAACCGAUCUGUCCAAAACUGCCACAAUAACUGUCCGCUCUCGCAAGACUGAGCCGGUCUCCGCUGACGCUGGUAUUGACUACGUUGGCAUCAGCCGUAACUUGGACUUCGCCCCAGGGGUCAGCAUGCAGACCCUCCGGGUCACCGUUCUUGAUGACUUGGGAAAACCAGAGCUUGAAGGGACGGAGAAGUUUGAGCUGGUGCUCCGCAUGCCGAUGAACGGCAUCCUGGGAGAACCUGGGAGGGCUACUGUCUUCAUCAAUGACUCUGUGUCUGACUUGCCAAAAGUCCAGUUUCGUGAGCUGGUGUACACGGGAGAGGAGAGCGAUGGUCAUAUCUUGGCGAUGGUGUACCGCAGCGGUGACGUCCGACACAAGUCCACCGUUCGCUGUUACACCCGCCAGGGCUCUGCACAGGUAGCCAUGGACUUUGAUGAACGCCCCAACACCGAUGCCUCAAUCAUUACCUUUCUACCAGGUGAGUCGGAGAAGCUCUGUCCUCUGACACUGGUUGAUGACACGCUAUACGAGGAAGGGGAGGACCUACGCUUGGUCUUGGGGAACCCCAAGAGUGACUCUCCAUUUGGGGCAUCAGUGGGGGCUCUGAACGAGACCCUUGUGAAAAUAAUGGAUACAGCAGACAAGUCCGUCAUUCGAUUUGCGGAGACCAAGUUUAGUGUGAGCGAGCCCAAGGAGGCCGGUGGCAUCACUGUGGUCAGGGUCCCCGUGGUCCGACUGGGCGACACGUCCAAGGUGUCACGGGUCCGGGUCCACACCAAAGACGGCUCUGCUGUGUCGGGAGAAGACUACCACCCCGUAUCUCAAGAUGUUGAGUUUAAGCAGGGGGAGAGAGAGCAUGCGGUGGAGGUGGAAGUUCUCUACGACGGAGUCCGGGAGAUGCGGGAGGCCUUUACUCUCCACCUGAAACCCGAUGAAAACAUGGUGGCGGAAACUCAGGUGACCAAGGUGAUCGUGUACAUCGAAGAGACCAACAGCAUGGCUGAUGUGACCUUCCCCUCUCUCCCUCAUGUGGUCUCACUGCUCCACUACGAUGAUGUGGCCAGAACACCGGACAACCUCCAUCCUCCUGCUGGCUACCCCGUUGUGUGUGUCACUGCUUGCAACUCAAAAUACGCCGACUACGACAAGACGGGCUCCAUCUGUGUCAGCGAGCACAUCAACGACACCCUGACCCGCUACCGCUGGCUCAUCAGCGCUCCGGCCGGUCCCGACGGUGUCACCAGCCCCAUGAGGGAGGUGGACUUCGACACCUUCUUCACGUCCUCCAAGAUGAUCACCUUGGACUCGGUCUACUUCCAGGCGGGCUCCAGGGUCCAGUGUGCCGCCAGGGCCGUCAACUCCAACGGGGACGAGGGCCUGGAGCUGAGCAGCCCUGUCACCACUAUAAGCCAGGAGGAAGGUAUGUGUCAGCCGCGGAAGAUGGGAACGGUUGGUGCCGAGCCUUUCUCCGCCAAGCUGCGCUACACUGGAGCGGAUGACCCCAAACACCCCAACCUCAUCAAACUUACGGUCACCAUGCCUCACAUGGACGGCAUGCUGCCCGUCAUCUCCACCCGCCCCCUCAUGAACUUCGAGCUGACGCUGAGUCCCGACGGAACCCGCGUGGGGAACCACCGUUGCUCCAACCUGCUCGACCACAGCGAGGUCACGACGGGUCACGGCUUCAUCACCGCCGCCACGCGGAACACCGAGAGCGUGGGCGACACGGCGCCCUACCAGUACAGCGGUGCCUUGCGCGGCAACAGCACGCUGCGCUUCUACAGGAACCUCAACCUGGAGGCCUGCCUGUGGGAGUUCACCAGCUACUACGACAUGUCUGAGCUGCUCACGGACUGCGGGGGCACCAUCGGGACGGACGGACAGGUGCUGAAUCUGGUCCAGUCCUAUGUGACUCUGCGUGUGCCCCUCCAUGUGUCAUACGUGUUCCACUCCCCCGUGGGAACAGGCGGCUGGCAGCACUUCGACCUGCAGUCGGAGCUGCGCCUCACCUUCGUAUACGACACGGCUAUUCUCUGGAGGGACGGGAUCGGCAGCCCCCCUCAGGCUGAGCUGCAGGGUAAGUGUCCAGGUGCCCUGUACCCAACCAGCAUGCGUAUCAAUGACCAGGGACGUUUGGUUGUGAAUUUCCGCACCAAGGCCCGUUUCAGGGGUCUGUUUGUGGAGUCUCACACCGGGGGAAGAAUCAAGAGGGCUGCAACUUCUAUGACCUCCAUGGUGAUGUGUGCGGAUCACCCCGGGCUGACCUUCAACCUGAGUCUGGUGAGAAGUGAGCCCACCUACAAUCAGCCCGUUCAGCAGUGGACGUUCACCUCUGACUUUGCAGUGAGAGACUACUCUGGCACCUACACGGUGAAGCUGAUUCCCUGUACCACAGCCCAGAACAUGGAGUACACAUUCCCUCCUGUCUGCAACCCCAGAGAGCCUGUCACUUUUGACCUGGACAUUCGAUUUCAGCAAGUGAGUGACCCUGUAGCAGUAGAGUUCAGUCUGAACACUCGGAUGUUCUUGCUGUCCAAGAGGAGCUUGUGGCUGUCUGAUGGCUCCAUGGGCUUUGGGCAGGAGAGUGAUGUGGCUUUCUCAGAGGGGGAUACAAUUUACGUUCGUGUUAUGGUGGACCCUGUGCAGAACCUGGGAGACUCAUUCUUCUGUAAUAUUGAGAAGGUGUACCUCUGCACUGGUGCUGAUGGAUACGUCCCCAAGUACAACCCCACCAAGUUUGAGUUUGGCUGCCUCGCCGACUCUCCGUCUCUGCUCUACAGGUUCAAGAUUCUCGACAAGGCUCAGCCAGAGACCCAGGCGCGUGUGUUUGGAGAUGUUGGUUUUAAUGCCUUGCUUGCGGUGGAUGACCCCUCUGCCAUGUCCCUGGUCAGACAGCCAGGGUCAGACGGCUUUAGAAUUGACUCCUCUGCUAUAUUCCAGGUGGCAGUCGGUCGGGAGUGGUUCAUACACACAAUUUACACUGUGCGUUCCAAGGAGAAUGCCAACAGAGGCAUUGGAAAGCGCAGCCUGGAAUACCACUCUCUGUUCGCUGCCGCUAAUGAUCUCGCCUCGGACAAAAGUCGUCGCUCCAGAAGGUCGGCGGGCAGUGAAGUCCCAGAGGCUGCCGAGGACAUCGGAGCAGACAACAACCGCGGUACCAACAUCAUGCACAUCCCUUUGGACCGCACCAGGCGUCGGGCGGUGGGGCUGAACGAACAGCACACAGACGGCCCGGAGCCGCUGGAGCUGAACGCAGAGGAGGGAGAAGAAGGUGUAGUGACUGUGGUGGGAGCACUGGUGGGGCUGCUGCUGACCGUCCUCCUCGUCAUCAUCCUCAUCCUGGUGCUGAGGUCCAGACAGAGAGGAGACAAGGUGGAGAGCACCCAGGGGGUGAGAGAGGUGGUGAAAGGGUCCAUCAGCACAGAGCCCAUGUUGGUGGUGAGGAUGCAAGACUGCUACAACAGCUCAGAGGUCUGAGCGAGGGACACACGGCUGGACAGACGAACAAUGAGCCUUUUUUUAAAUAAAGUUUAUGGAUUUUGU